CGUAAACCUGCUACUUUUGAUGAUGAUGACCAAGACGAAGAAGCUUCCGAAAACGAAGACUUGAAACCAAGAAGAUCAUACCGUGACGAUGACGACGACGACGACGACAAUGACGAAGAGGAUGAAGAUGACUACGAGGGCGGCUCCAGACCCAAAAAGAAACGUCGUACUGCUGCAAACCAAUAUCUUGAUGUGGAAGCAGAAGUCAGUGACGAGGAAGAGGAGGAAGAUGAAGAAGAAGCAGAGAGGUUUCGAGAAGAAUUCAUUGCCAACGAAGAUGAUGAUCCUACUGUAAUAGGUUCAGACUAUAACAAGUUGAAUGACAAUAUUCAUAGAGAAUACGAUCUUCGUCGUGAUCAAGUACAAGAGGAUGAUGCUGAAAGAUUAGCAGAGGAGUAUAAAGCCAAAUAUGGCCGUAUGUCCUCUAGUGCUUAUCAAGGAGAACAAGGAACAAUUUCUCAAAGGUUAUUGUUGCCUUCUGUUGACGAUCCUAACAUUUGGGCAAUAAAAUGUCGUCAAGGAAAAGAAAAAGAGCUUAUUAGAUUAAUAUUACAGAAAAAAUUAAAUUUACAAUCUACAGCUCGUCCUUUGGAUAUCUAUACCGCUUUCCAAAGAGAUAAUUUUGCCGGUUAUAUUUAUAUUGAAGCAAGAAGGCCUGAGGCUGUAGACUAUGCCUUGAAAGGUUUAGUGAAUGUUUUUACAAGUCAACCAAAGUUAUUAGUUCCAGUCAAAGAAUUCCCUGAUUUAUUAAGAGCUGUCAGAAGUACUGAUGUUGAAGUAAAACCAGGAUUAUAUGUCAGAAUAACAAGAGGAAAAUACAAAAAUGAUCUUGCUAUUGUAGAGGAUAUUAGUGAAAAUGGUUUAGAGGCCAGGUUAAAAGUAGUCCCAAGAUUAGAUUAUGGACGAAAUCAACAAUCUACUGAUGCUGAUGGUAAAAAGAAAAGAGCUUUUGACUCUAAGAAUAGACCUUUACCUAGAUUAUUUUCCGAAAGAGACGCAAAAGAAUUUGAUGAAAAAUAUCCACCCGUUAGAACUGGUCAAAACCAAUUCAACUAUAGAGGAAAUAUAUAUGUUGAAGGUUUUCUCAUUAAGGAUUUCAAAAUCCAAUUUUUGCAAACAAAAGAUGUUCAACCAACUUUGGAUGAAUUAACGAGAUUCAGUGCAAAUAGCGGUGAAAUUGAUUUAUCCUCAAUUGCACAAACUUUAAAAAAGACAUCUGAAUCAUCAACUUCUUUUCAACCUGGUGACAGAGUUCAAAUUGUUAAAGGUGAAUUAACAGGUUUAACAGCAAUUGUUACAAAUUCCGAAAAGAGCGAUAUUAUUUCUGUUAAACUUGAGAAAGAUAAAAAUAAUCAAAUAUUGCAAGAGGGAAAACUAACAGAAAUUCCUGCCACUGAUUUGAGAAAAAUGUUUGUUAUCGGUGACCAUGUAAGAGUCAUUUAUGGUAAACAUAUUGAUGAUACAGGUUUGGUUAUCACUAUUGAUAAUGAUCAAGUCACAUUGAUUUCUGACCAAUCUCAAAAAGAUGUUACUGUUUUUGCAAAUUAUUUGAUGACCUCUACUGACUCUUUAGGAUUGAAUCGUGUUGGUGAAUUUGAGUUGCAUGACUUGGUUCAAUUGAAUAACAGAACUGUUGGUAUUAUUGUAAAAGCUGAUAGAGAGGUUUUAAGUAUUUUAUGCCAGGAUGGCAGAAUUGUUAAUAUUGCACCUUCUUCAAUUGCUUUGAAGAUUAAUCAAAACAAACGAAUUCAAACAAGUACUGAUCAAAAUGGCUUGGAAAUUAAAAUUGGCGAUAAAGUCAGAGAAUCAUCCGGCGAGAGAAGAGAUGGUACAAUUGAGCAUAUAUAUAAAAGCAUCUUGUUUUUAAAAUCCAGAUCAAUUACAGAAAAUUCUGGGAUAUUUGUAACGAAUUGUGCAAAUGUUACAACAAUUUCCACAAAGGGUGCUUUAUCCACUAUUUUUACUGCUAAUAGAGAUUUAGCAAAAAUGAAUCCAAACAGACAAAUCGGUGGCUCCGAUGCAAUAAAAUCUAUGGGGCCUCCUGUUUCUAGAACAUUUGGACGUGAUAGAACCAUCAAUCAAAGAGUAAUAAUUAGAAAGGGACCUAAGAAAGGUAUACAAGGUAUUAUUAAAGAUGCUGACGGUGAUAUUGCCAGAGUAGAACUUCAUUCGUCUAAUAAGAUCAUUUCCAUUGAUAAAAGCAAAUUAUCGUUCUUUGGGAAAGAUGGUAGAACGAUGCCAUAUGAGCAUUUUAUUGCGGCUCCAAAUUUAGGAAAGGUUUCAGAUACGUAUUAUACCGGUGGUGCAGCUGAUGGGUUAAAAGAUAAUAGAACACCCUCAUGGAAUGGUGCUAGAUCUCAAUAUGGUGCAGGUAAAACUCCGCUGUGGACUGGAGGAAACAAAACUUUAUAUGGUGGAAGCAGGGAUCCAGCUUAUUCUUCUAUCAACAGUUGGUCUUCUGGUGGCAAUUCAACAUCUUAUGGAGGUGCUACCGCAUAUGGAGGUGGUAGAACUGCCUAUGGAGGUGGAAAAACAGCCUAUGGUGGUGGCAGAACAGUUCAUGGUGGACAGAGCGCCUGGGGCACCGGCGCAUAUGGCGGGAAAAGUGGAUAUGGUACUAGUUCUAACACUGGAGGAAAUGGUUCUGGAACAUCAUAUGGUGGUGCUUCGGUAUGGAAUCCUAACAGUGAAAACCACACCAAUGCAAACCAAUGGAAAACCAGUGAUUGGGAACAGACAAACGACACCUCAGCAGGUUCUAGUGGUGGAAACUAUGGUGGUUGG